AAUUGUUGUGGUCGCCAGAAAUUAUGAAAGGAUGUGCACAACGCUAGAGUAGGGAUUAAGGGCUUUCGUAUGAUCAGGUGAUUGCAUUGUGUGGCAGCGCGGCGGUGAAACCCGGUGACUAAGAUACCUACUUAGGUAGUAAACAACUGGCUCGGAUGAAUAGACAGCAAAGCUCCAGACUGUCCCAGUGGUCCCAAAUCCAAUGGAGGAAGAGAAUCGGGCAAAUGUAUGACUCCAGGCCUUUGGCUCAAUUAAAUUCACCCAUGGUUACAAACUACAUCUGAUCAUGAAGAGCAGUUUCCGGAAGCAUCCCCAUGAGGCCAAACCAGGUCAUCUCUAGUGCCUCACUCACUGCCCUGCAAUUUCUCUCCAGAACCAAAUCACCAUCGUCGUUUCCCAUACACACCGUACUCCCAAUAACACAUCAUGCCAGACGAGAACUCAGAGCGUGCUCUAUCUCCAGCCAUGGAGUCCCCCCUCGGGACACUAGAUCCGGAUGGGGACGCGGUACUCCUGAUUACCGGUCCAGCUUCAGGCCGAUUCCUGGUGUCAUCAAAAGUCCUGAUCCUCGCCUCACCCGUCUUUGCGAGACUAUUUACAUCGGGGUCCCGGGAGGGGAAUCAAAUGAAGAACUCGACUCGGCCGACCAUCACCCUACCGGAGGACAGCCCAGGUGCCAUGCGGACAAUUCCACAAGCUCUUUACUACCAAGGGUCUGAAGAGAGGGAUUCAUUGGGUGCGAGACAUCUCGCUGUUAUCGCUGUUCACUGUGAUAAGUACGACUGCAACAGUGCUUUCCGGCCUUGGAUCGUGAACUGGCUUGCCACGUUUAGUCGUAUCGAGACACCAGAGGAUCAUGGCUACCUUCUUCUCGCUGCAUACCUCUUUUAGUACGCAAGCCAUUAUGCCAGAAUUUCCAUCCAGGCCCAAAUUAACGCCUGGAACCAGAUAGACCUCCUGGGCCUGCUACCGUCAAG